CAAUGUUAACCAACAACAGUCAACAGUUUGAUUUGAUAUGUCGCAAGCAAAGGUGCUGCCACAAUAUGUAGCCGGUCUAUCGGCGGCAUUUGGAGCAUUUUGUAUGGGCGCCAGCAUGGGAUGGUCUUCUCCCGUCCAGGACAUGCUCACGGUGGACGAAGCCUAUGGUUUUCCAGUGUCCGAAGACCAAUUUGGCUGGAUCUCCUCUUUGUUGACACUGGGCGCUACAGUUGUGUGCAUUCCCAUUGGAUUCAUCAUUGACAUAUUUGGACGUAGGCCGACCAUGCUGGCAUUAAUACCUCCGUACAUGGUUGGUUGGUUGCUGAUGAUCUUUGCAAAUAGUGUAAUAAUGCUAUACUUUGGUCGAUUUAUUCUUGGAGUCUGUGGAGGAGCGUUCUGUGUGACUGCCUCGAUGUAUAACACGGAGAUCUCGACAAUUGAUGCACGUGGCACUCUAGGCAGCUUUUUCGAGUUGAUCACCUGUUCCGGGCUCCUCUAUGGAUACAUUGUUGGUGGCUACACUCCACUCCUGGCCACUAAUAUAUUGUGUGCGAUACUGCCCCUAAUCUUUGCUCUGGUCCACUACUUCAUGCCGGAGUCACCAGUUUAUUAUGCCAUGAAGGGACGACGGGAUGAUGCAACCAAGUCGCUGAUCUGGCUGCGUGGCAAGAAUUGCGAUAUCAGCGAAGAGCUCAAUGAAAUGAUGGAGGCGAGCAACAAGGGUGCCGAUGAGCCCAAGGUGAACAUUUUCAGGGCACUGCGACGUCCCGUAACCCUCAAGGGACUUAGCAUCGCAGUGAUUCUACAAAUUGUGCAGCAAUGGUCGGGCAUUAAUGCCAUCCUGUUUUAUUCCACGUCUAUUUUCGAGGAUGUGGGUGCCGAGUUAAGUGGGCGACUGUGCACGAUGCUUAUUGGAACUACUCAGCUUGUGAUAACUUUGGGGGCGACUGUGUUAGUUGACAAGACUGGACGACGUAUCCUUCUGCUUAUUUCCGCUUUUUUCGCUUUUAUUACCACCUGCCUGAUGGGUGUCUAUUUUCAAAUGAAGGACACCGAUCCCGAAUCGGUGAUAUCCAUUGGCUGGUUACCAAUUACAAGCAUCCUAAUCUUUAUAGUGGCCAGUGCCGUUGGCCUUGGACCCGUGCCCUGGCUGAUGAUGGCCGAAUUAUUCUCCGAGGAUGUGAAGAGUGUCGCCGGCUCCAUUGCGGGCACCAGCAACUGGCUGUCCGCAUUUAUGGUCACCAAGAUUUUCCCUGUGAUGGAGAACAAUAUCGGACCAGCAGCAACAUUUUGGGUGUUUUCUGGCAUUAGCCUUCUUGGUUUUGUGUACAUUUUGAUAUAUGUGCCCGAGACGAAAGGUAGAAGCCUGGAGGAGAUUCAACAGAUCCUCGCAGGCGGUAAUAAAAAUGAUACACCGAAAGAAUAGAUGAGAUGCCUUUUCAAAUGGUGUCUAAUCUUCAUUAGGAUAGAG